ACCCAAGUGAGAGCGCCGCUGCAGCCAGUGGAAUGCUGAGCCCAACUUUUAACAGCUAGAGUGCGGCUGGCUGCCUUUUGUUUCCGGCGCACUUGAAACCAACUGCUACUCACCCAGACCACAUCCCAUGGCUCCCUUCAACUCCCGACCAUCUGCUCGAUCCAUCUGAUUUCUGCAAUCGAUACCACCCAAGAGGCCUCGACAAUAAACGGCCUGGUCGGGGCCGCCCGAUUGUAAUCUUGGUUGACCUUCUAUGCCAGCGACGUCCGUCUACAUCACUCUGCAGCCAUCACCAUGGCAUUUCUCGAGGACCCGCGUCUGCGCCAGCGCUGGAACCAAAUCUCCCACAACGCCGGAGAAGUUACAGAGAAUGCGGCCGCUGGUAUCUGGAGCUUUCAGCAUCACUACAUCAACCCGUGUCUAGCCUCCAUCGCCAGCUCGUUGGAGCAAUGCGCUAAUCCCUGCCUGGGUGACCACGAAGAACGAGCAAGGAAACGACGAGAACGAGACCGCACAGGUGGCCGGGCCGAAUACAGUUUCGACUUCUACGACGACUGGUAUGCAGAGGACCAGGACGGCGGUUUUCUGGGGGGCUGGGGGAACGACGACUGGGAUCGUCUGCUCGCGGGCACUGGAUCACAACGAAAGCAUGUGGGCGAGGUACACGACCAGCCCAAGAGAAAACGAGGAAUGAGCUACGGUACCCGGGGCAGAGGGAGCAAGGUUUUGGAGUCCGACCCGACCGUCAUCCCCAGCACGCAACCUAUCGGGUUUCUAGGCAAGCUGCCGUGGAAGUUGGGCAAGACGCUUCGCUACAAGCCCAGCGCGGCGGAUCUGCAAGACCACCCGCGGCAACACGGCGAGAUGGGCAUGGGCGAGACGGAGCCUCUGCUUGGGGUUGAUUCUGAUGACGACGUGUUCCAGAGCCGGACCGCCAAGACUAGAAAUCGAAGUGGGACGACGGGGUCCGGCGUAUCGUCGGACUCUUAUCGAUCGCGGGGUGAUCUAUUCCCAAGUGAUGGGGAGGGCGAGGAAGACGCAGUGCCGCUGGAUGACGAGUUUAUGGUCCUGGACAAGGUUCGGGAUGACCGCAGCAGCAGCCGGACGAAAGCUAGCAAGGGUAAGCGGCGCGCAGACGGUCGGCCAAUGUCAAGGACGGUGUCACGAGCCACCAUAGAUUCAACCCAUUCGAUGCUUAGUCCAGGGGCGCAGAAAGGUUCGAUAAGCAUACCAACAACGCCCGACACUCCGAUGGCACUCUCAAUGGAAGUUUCGAUGGAGGAGCUGCAGAUGGAGGAGGAGCGCAUCCGGAGAGAGGAAGACGAAGAGGUAGAACGCAAGCGACAGGCCGCAUUGCAGCUUGCAUCCGAACGGGGGCUUCACGAUGGCUCUGAGGGCGGCACAGGCGAGGAGUCGCACGUCAAGGUUGCCCUGCAAGUGACGACGACGAAGUCUAUUAAAGAAAUGACGCGUAUAUCCGAAACAGAGGGUACACACGGCGAAGCGCCGGUGAUCCGGUCGACGCAGGAAUCGACUAUACCGACCGAGGAGUUUGUACCCGCGCGGUUACCAAGCUUUCGGUAGCUCAGUAGAGCACGGUCUUAAGGAUGCAGUCCUUGUUCCAGUAUUGUAUAAUAGUCGGCAAACCCGACGAACUCAUGUCAUUAUGAUACCAACGCGAGCAUGAGGGGCAACAAUUCAAUAGAGCAGCGCAGCAUCAAGGCGUGCAAUUCGACUUCACCUCUACAUUGUGUCUCUGUAUCUCAUACAAGUUUGCGAGCGCCAUGUGUUGCUCAAGACAGUCGCACCGCCAUGCUUUCCAUUAGGAUUGCCUCACAUGCGCUGUGGCGGCCGGAUUCAACCGCCCGGAGCCGGGGCCUGGGUGGGCGAGCUGCUGUCCCAAGAAGGCAAUUGCCUCGGUGUGUUUCCCCGCAGCACAACUCCCUAAC